GGUCCAACCCACAGUUCAAACAUAUCUGUAAGGUUACGCUCAGAAACGUGUGCAACAACCUUUAUUGCAUACAGGGUCAAAACAUUGAAAGACGUACGUUGUAGUUCACUUCUCUACAAACGGAGAAAAAAUGAAGUUUUCCAUUGCUUUGAUCGCAGUUUUUGUUACUCUUGCUGUAUCGUUAGUGACCCAAAAAGAGCCUUUAGUCGAGGAACUGACAGAAAAUACCUUCGAUAAUUACCUAACGGUUUCAAACCUUGCAAUCGUGGAUUUCUUUGCGCCGUGGUGUCCACACUGUAAAUCCUUUACGCCUGAAUAUGAACAAGCCGCUUCAAAGGCACAGGCCGAAAAGCUGAAUGCUUUUUUCGCAAAGGUGGACUGUGCAGGAAGCGGUCAAAGCCUCUGUAAAAAAUUGCAUAUCAGGUUUCUCCCUACAGUUAGACUGUUCAGAGAUGGUAAACCGCUUGGAGAUUACUCAGGAGAGAGAACUGCGGAUGCCGUCCUACAGUUUAUGCAGAAGGCAAUAAAAGCACCAAAUGACAUGAAAUUGACGAUGUCCGAUGACGUCAGCGAGACACCAUCUAACGUCACGCCUUGGCACGCGGAAGACAAGAAGAGUCAUUAAAAAAAAUAUAUAUAUAUAUAUUCUUAAUUAGUUGCAAUCUUGAGCAGAGCUGAGUUGAAAAGUGCCGAGUUCAUAUGAAGCGAGUGGCAACUCGCAUGCAAAGGAAAGAGAUACUGGCUUCGGGCAAGGAAGAGGGAAGCUUCCUCUUUGAACAUAAAUUCGGCGUGGCGAGCGGGCACCAUGAUGUGAAGACAAGAUCACGCUAAGAACAAUACCAUUGUACUAACCUUGAAAUUAAAAUUACAGUUAUCGUC